AUGAUGAUGACCACUAUGAUUUCAGUAAUAUCAAUCAUUUUGAUUCAUACUUUGUUUUAUGUUGGAUUUUCGGAUGAUCUACCACAUACCACCACAUUUCCACAAUCACCAACAUCAUUCCUCCCAGAUUUUCCCUUAUACGAUCAAAUAUCCAAUUCAUAUUCUUCACCUAACCCUCUAGAAGAAAGUAAGAGAAGGUCACCACCACCUAGGAAAAGAUCUCCACCACCACCGAGAAGAUCUCCACCACCACCGCCUAGGAGAAGAUCUCCUCCACCACCACCACCUAGAAUAAGAUCUCCACCACCUCCUCGUCCAUCGCCACCACCACCACCAUCUCUUUUAUUUGAUCAUUUUAAAUUGUCUCAAACAUGGCCGCCAACAUACUGCAAGCUUAAAAAUAAUGAUUGUAUCUCUCCAUUGCCACAAAAAUUUACAAUUCAUGGGUUGUGGCCAAGUAAAGAAGGCUUCGAGAUACGAGACUGCAGAAAAGAUAACAUAAAUGUGAACGAUUUUGCUACAAUAAAGACAAGACUUAGUGAAGAUUGGCCGGCGUUAUUUAAAAAGAAAUAUCAAGAAGAUGCUAACAUUCAAUUCUGGAUUAAUCAAUGGAAUGCUCACGGAACUUGUUCAGAUGAGUUGUUCAAAUUUAUUUCUUAUUUUGAAGAGACAUUAAAAGUUUAUGAUAGAAAUAGUAUAAAAGAUAUCCUUGAAAAGAAUGGUACUAAACCGGGUGGAAUAUAUGCCAAACAAAACAUUCUCAAUGCAAUACAUACACACACUCAAUUUCAGCCCCAAAUUCGAUGUGAGCGGAUUGGUAAUUUGGAUUAUUUAUAUGAAAUAAGACUCUGUUUGACACCUACUCUAAAACUAGAGUAUAAAGAUUGUGAAAUUCCUUAUAGUGGUUGUCUCAAUAAUGAAGUGUAUUUCUAA